AUGAUGGCGCUGCGGCUCCCUGUAGCUUUGACCCUCUGGUCCUUCUGGGCGGCCACCGAUGCAUACCGCAUCGCCGGAUCCCAGGUGGACGGUUUCAAGAACGCGGAGAAGCCUGCCGACCUCCAAAGUGACACAGGAACGGACGAAGGAUUACCAGGACCAGACUUGGAGGAGUUGAUGGAUCUGCUUGAUUCCCCUAAGAAGUUGGCACGCUUGGACGCAGCCCAGGAAAUCGGCAAGAUGGGUAAGAAGGGUGCGGCGGCUAUCCCGCAGCUCAUUGACCGGUUGGACGACACAGAAGGAAAGAAUGUCCGCAUUGCCGCAGCAGAGGCUCUGGGUAAGAUGGGUGGGCUGGCCGCGGCAUCUGUGGGACCGAUGUUCAAUGUGUUGGGUCAGGAUAUAACGUCCCCAGAAGACCGCUACUUGAAGGCAGCCAGUGUGGCCUUGGGGAAGAUUGGCAAAGAAGAGCCCAAUGCGGUGAUCAAAGUGGUCAGAGAAAGACUUGGAUACCACGGCUGGAUUAGCAAGUGGCUAGCUGUCACGGCUUGCGGCCGGAUGGGUGAGCCAGCUGCCACCAUGGCAAGAAAGCUACGCGAGAUGAGCUAUGAUGACGAUGAGCGCGUGCGCGAGGCUGCCAAGCAAGCGCUCGAGCUCAUAGACAAGGACAUGUCAUAG